CACACAUGCGCUAUCCAUCCCCGUCCAAGGGGUGAGAAAACUGAGUCAUGGCCACCUGAGAUCUUCGGGACCUUAAUUUCGCAGAAGGUCCUCGCCAAUCGUAAAUAUAACUGUUAGAUUUGCUUUUUUGCACGACCCGCAAUAGAAUUCUAAAUCAGAAUCGUAUUCUGCAUGAUUUUUUCGCUUAGUAAUACCCGGUGCAAACCCGUUGUGAGACACGUGCAGCAGUAGAUGCAAGGAAAUCGAUAUGAUUUGCGAAAUAUCUGUAAAAUCGGCUUUUAGACCAUUUUUCUGCUUAUUUUCUGAAUUUAAACGAGAUAUACUCGUGUCGGAACUAAGUAGAAAUCACGGGUAACGUAGAUAUUUCGAUAUUCGUUUGAAUUUCGCCAAAAAAAUCGCACAAAAAUGCUUUGCAAAAUGAACAAACCUCCAUUUUAAUAGACUGAUAAAAUUAGAGAGGAAAAAAUCAUGUUGGAACCAUACUCUCCCAGCUCACUUUGGUUGGUUAUUUUGGGUUUUAUCAUAGCUUUUGUCCUAGCUUUCGGAAUAGGAGCUAACGAUGUAGCUAACUCUUUCGGUACUAGCGUAGGCUCUAAGGUACUGACUAUAGUCCAGGCAUGUUGUUUGGCCACUUUUUUUGAAGUUGCCGGAGCUAUUCUAAUAGGUUAUAAGGUUUCGGAUACAAUGAGGAAAGGUAUUUUGGAUGUAAACGUGUAUAAAGAUGGUGAACUGGAGCUUAUGAUGGGUUCAAUUGCUGCUUUAGCUUCUAGUGCCGCCUGGUUGAUGGUAGCUACAUUUUUUAAGCUACCGAUAUCGGGUACUCAUAGUAUCGUGGGUGCCACAGUGGGCUAUACGCUGGUAGCUAGAGGAUCUGAUGGUGUACAGUGGUUAACUCUUGGAAAAAUCGUUGGUUCGUGGUUUAUAUCACCCAUUCUAAGCGGCCUAUGCUCCAUCACCAUCCUGUGGAUCAUCGAACGUUGCAUCCUACAGAAAGCAGACCCUUUGGAAGCCGGACUGACUGCCCUACCGUUGUUUUACAGUUUUACCAUUCUGGUUAACGUAUUCUCCAUCGUAAUGGACGGACCCAAACUGCUCUACAUGGAUAACAUACCUCUUUGGCUGGCAGCAACGAUCAGUUUAUCCGUAGCUGUGUUAUCCAUGCUGAUCAUUUGGUUGGUUGUAGUGCCAUGGCAAAGAGAAAUUAUUAGGAGAGAGAUAAUCGUAGAGUCUACCAAAGUUAAUUUUAAUAUCGGGGAAUCGUCAGAUACUUCACCAGAAGCUAGCCCCAAAAAGUCCAACAGAAACUCGACCUACUCAGACCGUCAAUUAACAGUAAUAGCUGAACAUACCGAAUUAAAACAGUUGGACAACCAACUUACGGCUUCUAAGUACAUUUUUCCCGCAGAGUCUGCCGAAAUAAACGGCUAUAUACAAGCUGAAGACACUGAAAUACAUUCUAGACCUAAAGAACUGAAACUGAAAGACAGUUGUAACGCUGCAUUGGCGAAUCCCACGAUGUCACCCUGCUCCAGUGGCGUGCCUCUGAUAAGGGACAAAAGUUAUGCUAAAGAGGGUGAAUCCUCCACCUACGCUGUCCAGUUGGAUACGUCUGAUAUAACCGAGAACAAGAGCGUGUCCAGACUGUUCAGUUUUUUGCAAGUUCUCACCGCCAUGUUUGGCAGUUUUGCUCACGGAGGAAAUGACGUCAGUAAUGCCAUCGGUCCGUUGAUCACCCUGUGGCUGAUUUACUCCGAGGGCAGCGUGGCACAAAAAUCCGAAACGCCCCUGUAUAUAUUACUAUACGGGGGUUUCGGAAUAUCUGUCGGUUUAUGGCUGUGGGGUAGAAGAGUGAUAGAAACUAUCGGGGAGGAUUUAACCAAGAUCACACCCUCUACGGGAUUUACUAUUGAAAUAGGGGCAGCUUUUACAGUAUUACUUGCUAGUAAAAUUGGUAUUCCUAUAUCGACAACCCACUGCAAAGUAGGAUCUGUGGUUUUUGUUGGGUAUUUUAGUUCCUCCAAGCAGGGUGUGGAUUGGAGUCUAUUCAGGAAUAUAAUUUAUGCCUGGGUGAUCACCGUGCCUAUAGCAGCCCUACUAUCAGCCGCCAUCAUGUUUUUACUCUACUACCUGAACUAACAUCACCCUGUAUUAGUAACAGAAAAAAAAGUAACUAAAAAUAAACGAUAGAGCUGUGUUGUUAGAUCGUAAGUCAAUGUUAACCAAUUGGACUAAAAAUAAGUAUUUAUUUAUUUAUUUUAUGUAAUAGUAUGGAUUUUAUAAAAGAAAUAUUAU